AUGAGGUUCACCUGUGUCCUUCUGCUCCUGACCGUGGUGGUCUGCUCCCUGCUGGUCGGCCCCACCGGAGGAGCCUCCAGUCCCACCGCCACCUCGGCCACGGCCACAACGACUGCGGCGGCCCCCACGACCACGGCGGUCACCACAACCACGGCGGCCACCACAACAACGGCGACCACGAAAGCUUCCGCAUCCAAAGUCGCCAAAACGGAGACCGUCACUAAGUGGAAAAGGAGGCGCAAACUGCCACGACUUCGACGCCGUAUUCGACGCAGUGGCGGUGGCGAAACUGUCAGCAGCAGCAGCAGCAGCAGUGAGUCCACCAGCUCCAGACGCUCCCGCCGUCGCCGCCGCCGCAGCUACAUCGGAAGCGGUAGCGGAAGCGGUAGCCGCAGCAGAAUAGCCCGUCGCGUCCGCCGUUUCACCAACUGA